CCCCUUCCCCCAGACAAAUCAGUAUAUAAAGCUCCAGAUUGGCUGCACAAUGGGCUGUUGGAAAGUUCUCCCCAGGAUCUUCCUCUCACUGUGCAGCUCUAUCGCGAAGAACGGUGAAAUCAAGUUUCCCAAGAAUAAGAACUAAUUAACUACAGAAUUGUACAAAGUGCAUCAGGAAGACCAUGGGACCAUCCACCAUAUUCCUUGUGUCUCUGUUUUCCCUACUGAUCCCGGCUCACUCUGCCCCUGAUCCCACCCUGGACUCUCACUGGCAGCUGUGGGUUAAAAAACACAAGAAGACCUAUAAGGAUGCGGAGGAGGAACAUGCAAGACGGACCAUCUGGGAGGAGACACUGAAAUUUAUCACAGUCCAUAACUUGGAAUAUUCCUUGGGACUCCACACUUAUGACGUUGGGAUGAACCAUCUGGGAGAUAUGACUGGUGAGGAGAUGACACCAACAAUAACAGAUCACAUCGGCUUAGGUGAUUCGUUGGCCAACAUGACCGAAGUGCCAAAAGAGGUAUUAGAAGCUCAGGCGCCAUCAUCAAUAGACUGGAGAAGCAGCCACUGUGUCACCCCUGUGAAACACCAGGGCUCUUGCUAUUGUAGCUACGCUUUCAGUGCCGUGGGGGCUCUGGAAUGCCAAUGGAAAAAGAAAACGGGCAGACUGCUCACAUUCAGCCCACAGGAACUGGUGGAUUGUUCCUACACUGAAGGAAACAGUGGCUGUUAUUGGGGAUAUUUAUGUUAUUCUUUCGCAUACAUGAGGAAAUAUGGUUUGAUGCAGGAAUCCGCUUACCCAUAUGAAGGACAGGAAGGAAAGUGCAUAAGGAAGAGGUCAAGUAAUACAGGAUUGGUACAUUAUUUCUACAGAGUACCUGCUGGCAAUGAUCACGCUCUCAUGAAUGCAGUGGGGACAAUAGGACCCGUGUCUGUUUGGAUAGAUGCCGGUCAUCAAGGGUUCCGUAUGUACAAGUCAGGUGUAUAUUAUGAUCCAUAUUGCACCAACCAUGUAAAUCAUGUAGUGCUUACGGUUGGAUAUGGAACAGAAAAUGGUAUCAACUACUGGCUGGUUAAGAACAGUUGGGGAAAAAACUAUGGAAACGGGGGAUACAUAAAAAUGGCUCGAAAUUAUGACAAAGACUGUGGCAUUACCCAGUUUGCUUACUAUCCAACUGUGUGA